GUGACGUCACUCCCGGCGGCGGCGGCGUCUCUCAGGCGCGGGAGUUCCUGACGUCUCCCUCCGCCCGGCUGCCGGCCCCCUUCAGGUCGCCGCUUACCUGCCGGCCAGUCAGCGUGUCGGGCUUGGGUUCCGCGGCCUCCCCGGACCUCUUAAGUCUCAACCCGGGUGUGUGUUUCUACUCCUAGAGGUGAAGCAUGUUAGGGAGAGUGGGACCCGCGGUCUUGGCCUAGGGCUCACUUUUUUCCACUCCCUAUUCUGUCUCUCCAAGAAUGAAACAUGACUGAGGACUCCCAGAGAAACUUUCGUUCAGUAUAUUAUGAAAAAGUGGGGUUUCGUGGAGUUGAAGAGAAGAAAUCAUUAGAAAUUCUCCUAAAAGAUGACCGUCUAGAUAUCGAGAAACUUUGUACUUUCAGUCAGAGGUUCCCUCUCCCAUCCAUGUACCGUGCGUUGGUCUGGAAGGUAUUACUCGGAAUCUUGCCUCCACACCAUGAGUCCCAUGCCCAGGUGAUGAUGUAUCGCAAGGAGCAGUACUCUGAUGUCCUUCACGCCUUGGAAGUCAUCCGCUUCAUCAGUGAUGCCACCCCUCAGGUUGAAGUCUAUCUCUACAUGCACCGGUUGGAGUCUGGGAAGUUGCCUCGAAGUCCCUCGUUUCCACUGGAGCCAGAAGAUGAAGUAUUUCUUGCCAUCGCGAAGGCCAUGGAAGAGAUGGUGGAAGAUAGCGUCGACUGUUACUGGAUCACGCGAUGCUUUGUGAACCAGCUGAAUAGCAAGUACCGGGACACUCUGCCCCAGCUGCCAAAGGCUUUUGAACAAUACUUGAAUCUGGAAGAUAGCCGACUGCUGAGUCACCUGAAGGCCUGCUGUGCAGUGUCCACACUUCCCUACGAGCUGUGGUUCAAGAAGUGCUUUGCCGGGUGCUUGCCUGAGUCCAGCUUACAGAGGAUUUGGGAUAAAGUUGUAAGUGGAUCCUGUAAGAUACUAGUUUUUGUAGCUGUGGAAAUUCUUUUAACCUUUAAAAUUAAAGUAAUGGCGCUGAACAGUGCAGAGAAGAUAACGAAGUUUCUGGAAAACAUCCCCCAGGACAGCUCGGACGCUAUCGUGAGCAAGGCCAUCGACUUAUGGCACAAACACUGCGGGACCCCAGUCCACUCUGCCUGAACAUUCCCGACGUUGUGGACAGCAGCCAGGCCUGCUCAGCGCCUUUAUUUUUUCCCCCUUGGGACGUGACCUACUGAACUGAUAAUAGGGUUCUUGCUUUGGUGCUCGAAGUGUAAUUGUUUUUCCAGUAAAAUUGCUUAAGAUAAUGUCACUGUGGAGUCACUGUGUUGUGGAAUGGCAUCUUCUGGUUAUAUACAAAUACAGGGUUCAACUCUGAAUAGCAUUUAGGAAAACGUUUAUGGAGGUGUAGUCUAUUUACAAUGUGUUAAUUUCUGCUGUAUAACAAAGUGAUUCAGUUGUAUAUAAGUAUAUAUUCUUUCUCGUCAUCUUUUCCUUUAUGACUUAGCACACGAUAUUAAAGAUAGUGCUAUGCAAUAGGACCUUCUUGUUCUGAAUAGUACUUCAAAAGAGUUAUUGGAAAUAGCUCCCAGCUUGUAAAGCAGUUGAGUCAGGGUGGGUGGGUGCUUCAGUGAGCUGUGUGUAACCAGGCCUGCCCUGCUGUGCUUUAAUUAGCACCAAGCUAGUUAAUUUCUAAGGUCCAUUUCUGGGACAAAGAACAACUUCCUUUUAUUGAUGACUUUUGUUGAUGCAGUACCUGUUGAAAUCUAAGCUGACUUUCUAAAUCUUUUGAAAUCUAAAUCCACUUUCUGAUACUUUUGCUAGAUUGGUUUAAAUAAAGGCCUUAUUAUGUUUUUUUCCCUCUU